UGAUGAGGCGGAUCGAUGGCGUGUGUUGGGACGUCCCAUCGGAGGCUUUAAUGCAGCGGAGCGUCCCGUGUGUGUUCAGUCCCGUCAGACGCACUCGCAGCAUCAUGAAGCAUCACUGCGCCCUCAAACACGGCAUCUUCAAAGAGUUCCUGGCCGAGUUCCUCGGGACGUUUGUGCUGGUGUUGUUCGGCUGCGGGUCGGUGGCUCAGACGGUGUUGAGCAGAAACACUCUCGGUGAACCGCUGACCGUCCACAUCGGCUUCAGCACCGGACUCAUGAUGGGCGUCUAUGUGGCCGGCGGCGUGUCGGGCGGUCACCUGAACCCCGCCGUGUCUCUGGCCAUGGUCAUCCUGGGGAAGCUGAAGAUCUGGAAGUUUCCAAUCUAUGUGGCGGCACAGAUGUUGGGUGCAUUUGUGGGAGCAGCUGCAGUCUUUGGAUUGUAUUAUGAUGCCUUCAUGGAUUUCACCAGCGGGAUCCUGUCGGUCACGGGAAUUAACGCCACAGGACACAUCUUCGCCUCGUACCCGGGCAGACACCUGACGGUCCUGGGUGGUUUCGUGGAUCAGGUGGUGGGGACGGGAAUGCUGGUCCUCUGUAUUCUGGCGGUUGUGGACGGCAGGAACAUCGGUGCUCCUCAUGGUGUGGAACCACUGGCCGUGGGUCUGAUCCUGCUGGGCAUCAGCGUCUCCAUGGGGCUGAACUGCGGUUAUCCUCUAAACCCCGCCAGAGACUUGGGUCCGCGCCUCUUCACUGCCGCCGCCGGAUGGGGCAUGGAGGUGUUCAGCACUGCAGAUUACUGGUGGUGGAUCCCUGUUGCCGGGCCGUUAGUAGGAGGCGUCGCCGGUGCUGUGAUCUACUUCCUGUUGAUUGAGCUUCAUCACUCCAACCACAACGACAAACCUCACGAAGAACCCGAGGAAGAGGAUGAUGAGGAGGAAGACGAGGACAGCAGCCUAAAGGACAAAUACGAGAUGAUCAACAUGAGCUAAAAACCCAAGAUCAGUCGAAUUCCUGUCGCGACCAAGUAAAGCCGGUAAACUCAUCUUCACACACCGUUUACAUGAGUAAACUCAUCAGUGACAUCAGCAGAUCUUCACAACUCAAAUAAUGAACGAGUUUCUACUGAUUGAUUCAUGUAAGUGCUUCAACAAGCUUCACGUCUGUCAACCCGUCUGUCCCAUAAUCCUUCACUCUACGUAACAUCUGAUUGUAUUUUGUUGAUGGGUUAAUAUUAUACUGAACCCAGAACAAACGAUUCAAUGACUGUUUAUACCUUUUAACAUGAUGGAAACGUUUCAGGAGCUUCCUGUCAGGAACUCUGUCCAGAUUAAAGCAAAAAACGCCAAACAAAAGCACACUGACUGACAACAUUGAUCAUGAAACGACCUGACAAACAUGCUUGUCUGAGCACGACCGUCACGCGCGUGAGUGUAAUGGUUCGCGGCAAAGACUAGCGUUUGCCAAAAAGAGCUGUGAAAGAUUUUCCACUAGAGCACCGUUGAGUUUUCAUGUUAAAUGUACGUUUUAUUUCAGCUUGUUGUCGUUCAUAUACUGUCUCUAAUAUUUAUGGUUAUGUUCAUGUGUUUGUAGAUCAGGUUUCUUUUAUUGACUUGUUGUUUUUGAAAGUAAAAAGUAGAUCUUUUGUAAUGAAAUCCUGUGACUUUAACUGUAAAUUUGUGUUUUUGCUGAAAUAAACGGAACUUUUGUUGAAGUUCACAGCAGAUUUUUCUUGCUUACAAACCCGCGUCGGAUGUUCGCAAGCGGAGGUUCUGUUCAUGUCUGGACAAUUCUGCUGCUGUCUACUGAGG